AUGGCAGACGCGGUUGGCUUCGAAGCCGGCCAAAGUAAUAAUCCGUUGGAUGUCAUUCUGGCCACCGGUGGAUACGAUAAUACAAUCAGAUUUUGGGAAGCGUGGUCUGGGAUUUGUGUCAAAAGUAUCAACCAUCCGUCAAGCCAAAUUAAUCGACUCGCUAUUUCUCCUGAUAAACGCCAUCUCGCUGUUGCCGGAAACGCGCAUGUCAGACUAUACGAUGUGGCGAUCGCCACAGCUUCUAAUCAUCCCGCUCCAAAUCAUGCGACUCCAGCCAACGAUCCAACAUCUCAACAUCAACAACAGGCACAUGCUCAAACCGGUCUCCUUCAAAGCUUUCCCCACAAUGGAAAUGUUACUAGUGUGGCGUGGCCUAAAGAAAGUAAAUGGUUCGUCACUGGAUGUGAGGAUGGUGCGAUGCGAAUAUGGGACACUCGGACACCUGUGGCACAACGCACAUAUGACCACAAAUGCGCCGUAAAUGAUAUUGCAAUCCAUCCAAACCAAGGUGAAAUCAUCUCGUGCGAUCAAUCCGGGGCUAUCAAGAUCUGGGACCUCGCUGCGGACUCGUGUACUCAUGAAUUAUUCCCAGAAGACGAUGUACCCCAAAGAAGUGUCAGCAUCGCUAGUGACAAUAGUUGUCUUGUUGCUGGAAACAACUCGGGCAACGUGUUUCUCUGGAAUAUAUCCACAUCAGCCAUUGGAGGAUACACAGAUCUUCAAGCAGAGGCAACGUUCAAGGCGCACAAGCGCUACUGCUUGAAAGUACUACUAAGCCCUGAUGUGAGGCUUUUGGCGACGUGUUCGGCAGAUACCACGAUCAAGAUAUGGUCACUGACACCUAAUCAGCCUCCAAAGCUUGAGAAGACACUAUACGACCACCAGAGAUGGGUAUGGGAUCUUGCAUUUUCCGCCGACUCGGCCUAUCUCGUCUCGGCUUCCUCCGACCAUUCCGCCCGGCUGUGGGAACUCGCCUCGGGUCAAACCGUCCGACAAUACUCUGGACACUCCAAACCUUGUGUCGCUGUUGCUUUAAACGAUAUCAACGUCGUGUAA